AAAAUUCCGAACAGAUUUCCCACAGGGAGUAAAAGGAAGAUUUUGUACUGACAGUGCUUUCCCUUAGAUCUUAGGGUUUUGCAAAUUCACCACGCACCACUGACGUGACUGCUAUUCACGAAUAGACCAGUGGUUCCAGACAGAAGAAGUAGAAUUGACAGAAAUACCUUUGUAGUUUGCAUUUGUUCACAGUUGUGUGCCUGAUUUCUGAUAAAAGACUCAUAAACAAAAGGAAAACCAUUACACCCAAGCACUGUAGACAACGACGCGGCAUGCACAGCUACUCGUAGCGCAUCCACAAGGUGGCUCUAUGGGGCCACAUUGGCUACCUACACUAAAUCCCAGUUAGCAGCGAUUAACUAUCAGGACAUGUAGUUAUAUAAUGUGAGUCCACAGGUAGGACAUCAAUGUCUAAAUAUGAAAAAAUACUGACUUCUGGACAUAACUUGACUAAGCUCACAGACAUUAUACAUGAAUUCAGCAAUAAAGUGGGUUUGAGGAGAUGGAAGAUACCACUCCGGGAGGGGGGGGGGGCAUGGAGCAUACCACUCUAAGAGGGGACAAGUCCAAGUGCUAUGGCCUUUAUGGCAGAGAGGUACAAAAAAGGGUCUCCACUCAUUUUCUGCAGAAAAGCCCCAAGAGAACACUAUCGAUAAUCCACUUAUGUAAGCAGCCCUGGAAUUUAUAGUUAAGCAUUCAAGGAUUUGUUUUCGUGUUUCACACCGACAUCUGAGUUCAAGUGGAGGUCAAAAAUGCCCCCCCACAGAUAUGCAACUUCUCUUCUCCUCAUAUCUAUCAUACUGUUGUCACGGAGAAUAUGCCACGGACGAAAGAUUUUGAUUUUUCCUUUAGAGGGAAGCCACUGGGUCAACAUGGACAUCAUGGUCAAAGCUCUCCACUCUCGAGGACACUCUGUUGAUGUGGUCCGAACCGAUAAGAGCUGGUACAUCCAGGAGGACUCCCCGCAUUACAAGACAAUCACAGUUCCUGUUACCGAAGCAUUUAAUCCUGACUUCAUCAACCCGAUCCUGAAAAAGAUCAUUGACAUAGAAAGAGGGGAGAGCUCGAUUUGGAGCUUUGCGAGUUUGCAGGCUGAGAUGUUUUCUGCAAUGUUCAACGUGCAUAGAAUGAUGUGCAAAAUGGCCACUGACAUGUUUGAAGAUAAGGACUUAAUGAAGACUUUAAAGGACAGAAAAUAUGAUCUGGUCUUAACCGAUCCUGCGUGGGGAGCAGGAAUAUUGUUGGCUCAUGCUCUUAGGCUGCCUCUGGUCUACAAUGUGCGGUGGAUAACUAGCGGAGAGGGACAUAUGGCAAUUGCACCUUCUCCCUUAUCUUACAUCCCAUUGACCGGCUCUGGACUAUCCGACAAAAUGACUUUCAAUCAAAGGGUUAAAAAUUACCUCUUCUCUCUCAUUUGGUUAGCUCAAGAUGUAUUUCUCGUUCGUCCACAGUAUCAAGCUUUUUGUGCCAAGUUCUUUAGCCCAGAGGUCAGAUAUAUUGACUUACUGCACGGGGCAGACCUGUGGCUGAUGAGAGUGAACUUUGUGUUUGAGUUCCCUCGGCCCACCAUGCCUAAUGUUGUCUACAUGGGAGGCUUCCAGUGUAAACCUGCCGAACCUCUCCCUGAACACUUUGAGGAGUUUGUACAGAGUUCUGGAGAACACGGGGUCAUCAUCAUGUCUCUGGGGACUUUUGUGAGCGAGCUUCCUGCUGAUAUAUCAAAUGAGAUGGCUGCAGCUUUCGCUAAAUUACCUCAGAAAGUCAUCUGGAGGCACAAAGGGGUCAGACCGGCCACUCUGGGGAACAACACCCUGCUUGUGGACUGGAUGCCACAGAAAGACCUUUUAGGACACCCCAAGAUAAAACUGUUUGUGGCUCACGGAGGAACCAACGGAGUUCAAGAAGCUAUUUAUCAUGGAGUCCCAGUAGUAGGUCUGCCUCUGUUUUACGACCAAUACGACAACCUUCUGCGCCUGCAAGAAAGAGGGGCGGCUAAGAUUCUUUCUUUAGCCACGGUGGACAAAGGCAACAACUUACUGAACGCCAUUCAGGAGGUGUUGAAUGAUCCCUCCUACAGGAAGAACAUGCAGAGGCUCUCCAGGCUGCACAGAGAUCAGCCCAUGAAGCCGCUGGAUACCGCCCUCUUCUGGAUAGAGUUUGUCAUGAGGCACAAAGGUGCAGCUCACCUGAGAACAGAGUCCUACAGGAUGCCCUGGUACUCCUACCACUCUGUGGAUGUGAUGCUAUUUUUACUAACAAUAGCAGUGGUUGCUUUGCUAUUUGUUGCUUGGUUACUGUGGUCUUGCUUUAGAUUGUGUUGUAAAAUAAAAGUGAAAUUGGACUAAACGGGAAAGAAGAUAAAUGUCUGUGACAGGCUGCCCUGGUACUCCCAUCACUCUGCUGAAAUGGUUUCGUUCUUUCUGGCUGCUGUUGUUGUUUUUCUUCGUCUUUUUCGGAUUUAGUCUAUUGAGAAGAGUUUGAAAAGAAAAAACAAUUAAAUAAAUGGAAAAACACAUCUUAACAAGUACAUCUUUAUUAAAAAAUUGAAAACAUAUCCAUUGUAAGGAAUUUGAUUAAUUGAAAAGAAUUAAACAAAAAUGAAACUUAAAAACAGUUAUGGACUAUUUAGUCCAGCAGGGAUUAUGCAGGUGUUAUGUUUUCCUUUCAAGGGCAAUGCUCUGGUAUUAAAGGUGACCUCACAUGUUCAAAAUAUAAAAUUCCAGCAAAAGACAGUCACCACGGCUCAAAAUUAAGUCCACUAU